GAGACGCGAAGUUAUUGUUGUUCGAGGGUCAACGUAUGUAUCCUAAUAGAGAUUAUGGAGUCUUCACCCAAAGUAAAGAGAACCACUAAACCCAAAGAUGGAAAAGGUGGACAAAUUCUUCCCAAAUCCCAGAAAGAUGCGUACUCCUGACUUCUGAAUCAGCAUCAGAACGGAAAGUUUCGAUCUUACUUGCAAGAGUUUGCGAAGCAGCAGGUGCAGACAGAGAACACGAGUCCAUCAGUUAGCAGGCCUGUAAAUGAUGUGAACAGAAGAGGAAAAGCCAAUUCAGAGUCAUCUUACUACGGUGACAGCUUACCCUCUCCACAGAGUAGGCAGAUGGCCGACUCUUCUAAAUGUUUGUAUGUGGACAAAUUGGCCCAUCCAGUCACAUGCACUGAGGACUGGGAGAUGAAAUCAGCCGUGCUGGAGAAGCAUGCCAAAACAGAGUUACAUAAGGCUGCUCUGCCCAAAAUGUUACCCUCCAAACAGCAACAGAAGAGAAGUGAAAAUGACAUGAAAGCCAGCACAAGUCUGGUGGGAUCUAAGGAAGGUGACGGUCAGCAGUUGAGCGGUUCAUGUGGGGAAGAACAAGCAAAGAAAAGAUCAAAGAAGAAGAAAUCAAAAGGGAAUAUGGACAAAAAACCGAAGGAGGCUUGUGUUUCUGAAGUUGAAGCCAUUGCUGCUGGAAAUACACCAAACAAAAAAGCUCAAGCUCCAGUUUCAAAAGAAAGUUUACACCAAAGUGAGAAGGAUAAAAAGAGUAAAGGUGGCAGAGUGUCAUGGAAGCAACUGUUCGAGCAAUACAUGUGCACAGAGGAUGUGUCUGCAGGCCUAAAGAGAGGACAGCUCAUUCAGGGAGUACUGAAAAUAAACCCAAAGAAGUAUAAGGAAGCUUUUGUCCCAUCUUCUGAUGGCUCUGCUGAUAUCUUUCUGGAUGGGAUUCCAGCUCGUAACAGGGCAUUGAAUGGAGACAUUGUAGUGGUGAAAGUUCUCCCCCCUGAACAGUGGAAGGCAAUCAAUGGAGAUGUUAAUGAGAGCAGUCCAGCCAAUCAGAAUAUAGCAAAGGCUCAUGAUGUCAUAGUGGAGGCCCAUUUUAAUGAAGAUGAUGAGGUGAUCAGUAAAAUGGAGAAUGUCAGUCUUCAUGUUAAAGCCCCUGCCAAACAUGUAAUUGUGUCCAACACUUCUGGAUCAAGUUCAGAGAAAGCAGUGCAAAGGACUGGAAAGGUUGUGUUCAUUGUUGAGCAGAAGCAUUCAAGGGCUGCAUCAGGCUUCCUCAAAUUUCUCCCGGACAAGAAUUUUGCCAUGUUCUCUCCUGUGGACCAUCGGGUACCGAGAGUUAACGUGCCUCUAGCAGACUGUCCUGUAGACUUUAUCACCAGACUUGGAGACUAUGAAAACACUCUCUUCAUCUGUCGCAUAACACACUGGCCCGCAGACAGCAACUUUGCUGAAGGGCGGCUUGCAAAAACAUUAGGGCAAGCAGGUGAUAUAGAGCCAAAAACGGAAGGCAUGCUGACUGAAUAUGAUGUGGACUUCUCCGAGUUUUCAGAGGAGGUGCUGGGAUGUCUUCCUCAAGAUCUGCCCUGGAGCAUCCCUGCCUGUGAGCUCUCGAGAAGAAGAGACCUCAGAAAAGACUGCAUCUUUACGAUUGACCCAGCUACAGCCAGAGAUCUGGAUGAUGCUCUGUCCUGCAAACAGCUCUCGGAUGGUAAUUUUGAGGUUGGUGUUCAUAUAGCUGAUGUGAGUUAUUUUGUGGAGGAAGGAAAUGCCUUGGAUCAAAUCGCCAGCUGAAGAGCCACAAGUGUGUAUCUGGUUCAAAAGGUGAUCCCCAUGUUGCCUCGUCUCCUGUGUGAGGAGCUGUGCAGCUUGAAUCCUCUGACAGAUCGACUGACGUUCUCCAUCAUUUGGAAGCUUUCGCCAGAUGGGAAGAUCCUAAGUGAGUGGUUUGGCCGCUCUGUCAUCUGUUCCUGCAUUAAGUUGAGUUAUGAUCAUGCUCAGAGCAUGAUUGAAGCUCCUGACAAGAGCUUCAGUGCUGAAGAGCUGCCACCCUGCUCCCCAGACCACUCCAUCUCUGAGAUACAGGAGGCCGUCCUUAACUUACACAACAUCGCCAAACAACUGCGGUCCCAGCGCUUCGAGGGCGGAGCUCUGAGGCUUGACCAGCUUAAGUUGUCUUUCACCCUGGAUAAAGAGUCCAGCAUGCCUCAGGGCUGUUACAUCAAUCAGUAUCGCGACAGCAACAAACUGGUAGAGGAGUUCAUGUUGCUGGCAAACAUUGCGGUGGCUCAUCAGAUCUACCGCUCGUACCCAGAGCUGGCACUGCUGAGGAGACACCCGCCACCUCAGACCAAGAUGGUGGAUGACCUGCAGGAGUUCUGUGAUCAGAUGGGCCUCAACAUCGACUUCUCCUCAUCUGGAGCACUGCAUAGGACUCUGCAUCAAAAUCUCAGUGAUGAUGAGUACACAGCAGCCAGGAAGGAAGUUCUCACUCAUAUGUGCUCCAGGCCGAUGCAGAUGGCGGUGUAUUUCUGUACUGGAGCGCUAAAUGAUGAGAAGCUCUUCCGUCACUACGCUCUGAACGUGCCUCUCUACACACACUUCACCUCCCCUAUACGACGCUACGCUGAUGUCAUAGUGCACCGUCUACUGGCCGCCUCCCUCAAUUGUGGGCCACGUUUUGAUCUCUCAGGGGAGGAUGUUCACAAACAGGCGUCGCACUGCAACGAUAGAAAGACUGCUUCAAAGAGAGUCCAAGAGCUGAGCUCUGAGCUUUUCUUUGGUGUCUUUGUGAAGGAGUGUGGUCCUUUGGACUCUGAGGCUAUGGUCAUGGGAGUCUUGGAUCAGUCCUUUGAUGUGCUGGUGCUUCGCUAUGGAGUGCAGAAACGAAUCUACUGCAAAGCAUUAGAGGGACUAAAGACAUUCCACUUCCGUAAAGUGAGGAAGAGACCAGAGAUGACGCUUGUUUGGGAAACAGAUGACCCGAGAAAAGACUUCAUACAACAGGAGAUCUCCAUUUUCACCCUGUUGAAUGUUCAGCUGAAGGCUGAUGGAGCUCUUAGUAAAUACAGCGCUGUGCUCAAGAGACCAUCGGAUAACACGCAUUCAUAAACGCACACUCGUAAGAAUUAGCCCAAACACUAUUUUAUCAUUUCUGCUGGUUUCAAUAUUCUUUUUUUUUCUUAAAUAUUCUUAACCAACAGAAACGACCUGUGAUUGGUCCACUCGACGAGUAGUUGCACAAUAUGCGUAUCAAUAAUGAUUCAGGCUGCUUUUCUAUUUAUUACGAAAGCACCAAGAUACCAGGAACUGUUUUUCCGUUUUAUGUAAUUUUUUUUUUUUUUUACAUUUUGUUCUUAAAUCUUGAGAUUUUGUUUUAAGUUGAUUUUACAUGUGCAUGUUUUUGAAAUCUUUAGCUUUAGCCUCGGCAAGUGUUAAAAAAAGGUUUGUGUUCAGGGAUGUUGCCAAAUAAUUUACACCAGCUCUGGUUUUAAUUGCUUGAUUUCGAAUCAAGCUGAACUUCUCUUAUAUUCAGAGAUUUUCGGCUUAGUUGUUCUUAAUUUUUUUAUGCCAAUAUUUUAUUUCCACCCUUUCACCGUUGUAUGCUCUAUAACAUUUGGGUAUUUUUUUUCUGCCUUAAAACUACUUCAGCCUUUACAUGCGAGUUGAGCACUUUAGAAAUGGUGUUUUUUUUUCUCAACUUCAGAAGUUGCAGAUAUGUUCAUGAUUAUUUUGUUUUUCCCAAUGGGAAGCGUUGAGCUCUUAAUGAAGAUGCUAUUUUAAUAAGUAAUUUUGGACUAAUAGAUUAGUUUGGCUGAGAGGUUGCCUGUUUUUUUUUUUUUUUUUUUUUUGCAUGGCCUUAAGGUAAAUCCUUUGUUGUUUACUGUAGGUGCUUUUUAAUUAUUUUAACUGUUUUUUUUUUCAACUGUCAGAAAACCGUUGACAGCAGCGUAGUGACUGUAGUUAAUGUAAAGGCAUAUCCCCAAAUUCAACCGCUUGCAUACUGUUUCAUAUAUAAUUAACUUCCAUUAUGCUUUAAGGUGAUUUGUAGUAUUUUACAGUUCAUUUAAUGGGAUUUCUUUUGUUUAGUUUUUUUGCACAUGGAAUGAUAAUAUUAACAGCUCUAUAUUCUACACUCACUAUUAGUGAUAUUGCCAAUGAUUGGACCAUGUCGGAUACAUCAACUAAUUAAUUCUGUGCUUCCUGAUAUAGCAAAAAUGUUAUCUACUGUAUGCUUUGAAAUGUCAUGCUUCGGGCCAAUUACAGGAGCGAAUACACUUACUAUAACCAGCAAUAUGUUCAUAACAAGUGAACAAGUAAAAGCAGCUGCCAUCAGCUCACCUUAAAGGCAUAGUUUGCUCAAAAAAAUUUAAUUUCUCUCAUUUACACUAAAUUUUUUUUAGCCUAUUGAAUAUUUUCACAUCUCAAUUUCAUGACAAAAAUGACCAAGUUAAAUUGUAAUUUUUUUUUAACUAAAUUAAAAUGAUUAAAACUUUAUUUUUUUACAUUUUAUUUUAUUGGUUUGGAACAACAUGAAGGUGAGUAAACGAUGACAGAAUUGUCGGUUUUGGAUGAACUAUCCCUUUAAAUUAAAACUUAUUUUUUUAUCAAUGAAAGAGUCACAUAUUGUUAACAAGAAAGCAGUAUAUGAUAAUAACUGCUGUAUAAAAAGGUGAGAAAUGAAAAGUUGUCCAGUUGUAUAAUUGUAACAGCCCUGUAGUUUUAGUCAAUGUAUAAAAUGUCAGAUUGUCAGUGCUGGAUAUGGUAUUUUAAUAGAGGCUUUGUUGUCAGCACUCCUGUAUGUGUUAAACUUGAUGUAAGUGCACAUUUAUUGUGACACUGGUCUGAAAAUGUGGUCCUAAAAGAAAUCUUUAACCGUUUGACAACAAAUAAGGCUAAAAUGGACUGUGAUACACUGACUGCAAAACUAAUAAUAAUCAGUUACACCAAAGCA